AUGGACCGCCAACGGGACUUGGUCUUCUGCCACGAGUGCGAGAAUGAAUGGUUCCGGGACGAGGGCGGCCUCACAUGUCCAGACUGCCAUUCCGACUUUACAGAGAUCGUAAGCCGCGCCUCACUCGACACUCGCUUCCUCCGGCUGACACGACCAUCAGNNAUCGAGGCACAGCAUGACCCGAGACAGGCCCAAUCCGACGAACAAGCCCCACCGCAUCCUUUCCACGACCACAAUCCCUGGGAAAACACUCCCCACGACGCCCCCGACCCCGAGGAGAGCGACAUCCCCACCCCCAGCUUCCAAUACCGCACCAACCCUCAAGGCGGCAUUUCCAUGAGCUUCAGCCAUACCUUCUCUUCGGGGAACAACCCUCGUGGCCAUGCCUCGCCCGCUCCUCAGCCAAACGGUCCUGCACCCGAUGCUAUCCUCAGCAUGCUAAACCAAAUCAUCGGUGGUGCUGCACGCCAACCACAUCCCGGUGCACGCGAUGCUGCAACACAAUCCCCUGAUGCCGACCCCAACGUGCGCGUCUUCACCGGCGGCGGUCCCAACUUCCAGUACACGGCUACUACCCGUCUAGCGCCUCGCGACGCCAACAGUCCUCAAGCCCGCGCCCAGACCAUCGACAAUCUACCAGGCAUUCUCAAUCACAUGUUUCACGCUCCUCCACGAGGUGCUGGUCCCGAUCCCAACUUCGAGCCUCUUGGCUUUGGUAACAUCUUGAACACCCUCUUCAACCCUGCCAACAUGCAGCACGGCGAUGCCGUCUACAGUCAAGAAGCUCUGGACAGGAUAAUAUCUCAGCUCAUGGAGCAGAAUCAGUCCAAUGCCCCGGGUCCCGCCUCGGCCGAAGCCAUUUCCUCUCUACCGCAAAAGGCCAUCACCAAGGAAGAUCUGGACGAAACAACAGGCAAGGCCGACUGUUCCAUCUGCAUGGACGAAGCUCUGAUCGGUAGUCAAGUCACUUGCCUGCCUUGCGAUCACUGGUUCCACCCCGACUGUAUCAAAGCCUGGUUGGGUGAACACGACACAUGCCCUCAUUGCAGGCAAGGCAUCAUGCCUAGAGAUGGCCCCGAGAAUGCAACAAGAUCAAGAGAACCUGGCCAGGCCGCGAGAAACAACAGGACGUGGGGUCAAGGUGAAGGCACCAGAGACGACCCCAUCAAUGUCGCCGAGAGUCCCGAGCAUUCGCGUACCACCAACAACGCUGGAGCCGCUUCAGGAGCUGCCACUGCUGCGUGGGCCCGCAUGAGGGAUGCCUUUGGUGGUGGCAAUGGAGGGAGCAAUGCUCCUUCGGGAGCUUCUUAG